AUGAAGCGCGGCUACAAACGAGGGCGAGCAAAGGACACUGAAGAUCGUCGCCAACUUGAAGCGUUCCAGAAAAAGCAACAAGAACUUCAAGAAUUGGAAGCGCAGCUCGCAGAGAAAGAUCGUAGUUUAGCCGAAGGCACGAAGCGCUUCGAGCAAAACUACGGGAGCCCGCCGGAUGCAGAUUUUGGAGAUUUUUCGCCACCGAGAAGCAGCAUUAUCAACAAAAAGCAAAACAUUCUAAUCGAUAUUUCUAGCGAUGAUUCUGAUGACUCUUCUAAAAUCCGAAUCGACAGUUCUUCUAGCUUCCCUUCUCAGUCGUCGCCUAGAUCAGCGAAACGAUUAAAACGUAAUAAGCGUUAUCGUCAAGAAAACUAUGAUCAUCAGCAAUAUGAUCACCACGAGGAGCCACACUAUGAAUACGAUCAGCAAGCACCAGACUAUCAGUAUGAACAGCAUCAUGAACCCUACUAUCAAUACGAAGAGCAGGAAUAUCAGUAUAGCUCUCCAGAAGAAUACUCUGGACGCAGCCCAGUUUAUGAGCAUCCACCAGACUACGAGAAUUUUAGAUAUGAACCUCCGCCGUUCUAUGAUGCGGAUGUGCGAGUAGACGAAAUGCCCCGGUGGCCGAUGCAAGGAGACUCAUCGACAUCAAGUGAGGAGGAUUAUAGACGACCGAUACCCUUUUGGAACCAUCGGGUAGAAGUGCGAAUAGACCCGAUGCCAGCUUUCCCUAUGACUGAAGAAGAGGAAGAGGAAGAAUUCAGAGAAGACCCUCAAGACGAUCCAGAAUACGCUGCCAGUAAAGUACGCGACAAGAAAGUCCGUCUUCAACUGAGAAUGAUUGCUAAACAAGCACAGUGGGCGGAAGCUCAACCCAAAAGCGCGCCGUACGAUGAGGACGAAGAGAAAGACAGGGAUCGAGAAAGAGAGCGUCGUGAGAGACGAGAGGCGCGUAAUACGAUAGCUGAAUACAAGGAAAAAGUUGUGGAUAAAAUGCGUGAAGAUCGUCAAAAGGAUCGAGAGCGAGAGCUUAGAAAGCUAGAUGAGGAACGGGCGAAACGGCACGCGUUGAGGGAUAGAAAAGAAGAGGAAGAGGCUAGACGAAGAAGACGUGAUAGGAGAAAGAUGGAGGAACUGUUGAAGGCGGCGGAAACCGAUGAGAUGUUUUUAAAGUACUUGACACCGGCGUUCGGAGUUCUAGAGUGUAAAUCGGAGAGGAUCGAUGGAACAGAUCCCGUCGAAUACGUUUCCAAAUGUCAUUCUGUAAAUGUGCCGAAAGAGCUUCUCUACGGAACGAAAAUCGCCGAAAUCAAGGGCGAAGGCUACAAAGGAGCGAUCAUGAACUUUGUCGACAAAAUCGUCGGACUCGGUAUUCUCGACAGUUCGUUGCGCAAGAACAUGCAGCGCGUCGAGAAGCUCCCAAAGUUCCUAGCUGAGUUGGUCGAGCCAUUGUGCAAUGAUAUUGCAAUCUAUGGCACCCAAAUCAGCGUGACCGACGACGCUCGCAACAUGAGAAGCAAUUUUGAGACGUUCUGUAAGGAAAAGAGCGCCGAGUUCUGGAGUCAAAAGGAGCACAAGAUGAAACUCGGCGAUUUUAUGAGGAAAUACGAGAGAAAGCGCUCACAUUCCACGUCGACUUCUGGAGAGCGCAGACGAAACGAUCGGGAUAGACGGGACCGGGUCCGAAACCGUUCUAGAAACAGGGAUCGCAAACGUACGGCUUCGGCUUCGUCUUCAUCGAAAGAAGACUCGCUGAAAUCGCUAUUUGCCACUGUUAGCAGCGGGGUGACGUCUCCAGAUUACUCUGUAAUUGAUCCUUUGUAUCAUGCACCGAUUUAUCCAACCAGCAACAGCUUCCAUCAACAGAAUUCCGAAUUCAUGUCUUACGGAUUCUCUAACAAUUCUCAUCAGCCAGUCAUGAAUCAGCACAUGGACCCAUCGCAAUUCUACCCUCCAGGAGUCCCUUCUCAACAGCAACCACAACCGCUUAAAGCACCUCCACUCAUGAGCGGACUUCUCAUGUUCACACCAAACGAGCCAGUGAUGCAGCAACCUUCAAUGCAAGCAGCUCCACCUCAAAACUUCAUUCCUGCACAACCAAUGGUUCCGAUCAAUGCUUCUAUGCCACCACAGGAACCGCCAGCACCACUACCGGUAGCGCAGAAAGACGACGACGCCGACUUGAUGGAUGAGAUCUUCUCAAUGUGA